AUGGUCAAGCUCGCGCGUGCCCUCGACUUCCCUCGAUCUGAAAUAUACUACUAUGUCAUGGAGAAGAUGAAUUUCAAGAUCACGUACACCCUCUGUGCGAAGAGGGUGGAGAGGUGGAUCCGCGCCGUCGUGGGCUUGGACUACGAGUUCACCAACCCUCGCAAGGGUAACCAACGCGCCUCCGUCCUGCAACUCUCCGUCGCGCAACACACUCUGGUCUUCCAUAUUGUGCAUGCCGAUGAAGUACCACAAAUGCUCAUCGAUUUCCUUACGGACAAGAACAUCAAAUUCUGUGGCGCGGCAAUCAACAAUGAUGUGGAUAUGUUGUAG